AUGGGUUACACGAUUGCUGAGCUUGACAAUGUUGUCAAGGCCUUCUAUGAGGGUCGCGGCGACCAGCAAAAAGCUGCACAAGCUGCUUUGAACCAGUUCAAAGAAGAUCCCGAUGCCUGGUUGAUGGUAGAUCAGAUCCUCUCUGAGGCGACAUAUUCGCAAACGAAAUUCCUCGGCCUACAGAUCCUUGACAAUGUGAUUAUGACAAGAUGGAAGGUUUUGCCUCGCGAGCAAUGCCAAGGCAUCCGUAACUUUGUCGUCAACUACAUUAUAAACUGCUCCAGCACCGAGGAGUCGCUACGAUCCCAAAAGACGUUGCUGAACAAGCUGAACCUGGUCCUAGUGUCUAUCCUGAAGCAGGAAUGGCCUCACAACUGGCCGACGUUCAUCAACGAGAUCAUAUCAUCAUGCCGCACGAAUCUUUCCAUCUGCGAAAACAACAUGAUCAUUCUGCGCCUUCUUUCUGAAGAGGUUUUCGACUACUCGGCCGAGCAGAUGACGUCAACAAAAACCCGGAAUCUGAAGGAAACCAUGUGUGCAGAGUUCUCACAAAUUUUCCAGCUGUGUACCGAAAUUCUGGAUCAGGGCAACCAAGAGAGUCUGGUCAAGGCUACUCUUGAGACUUUGCUUCGCUUCUGUAACUGGAUCCCUCUCGGAUACAUCUUCGAGACUCCCCUCAUCGACACUUUGCGAACACGCUUUCUGGAGCUCCCGGCGUUCCGCAACGUAACUCUCCAAUGCUUGACCGAGAUUGGAGGUCUCCAGGUUGGCGGGCCGACACAAGUCAGCAACUACGACGAACAGCUGGUCAAGAUGUUCACGGAAACUUUGGCAACUAUUGCCACUAUCGUCCCCGUCGAUAUGGACCUCAGGACGACAUACCCGCAAAGUAACUCGCGCGACCAAGAAUUCAUCCAAAACCUGGCCCUGUUCCUCUGCAACUUUUUCUCCAUGCACCUGAACCUGAUCGAGAGGUUGCCUAACCGUGACUAUCUGUCGCAUGGUCACUUUUAUCUUGUUCGCAUCUCCCAGAUUGAGGACCGGGAGAUCUUCAAGAUCACACUAGAUUACUGGUUGAAGCUGGUUCAGGAGCUCUAUGAGGAGAUGCAACAGCUUCCCCUCUCAGGCGACAACCCCCUGAUGAACCACGGCUCCGCGCUUUCACAAGGCGGUGCCCUGCCGCCUCAAGUACUGGAGCAGUACCCGCUCCGAAAGCACAAGUACAAGGAGAUCCUGAGCAACCUACGAGUCGUCAUGAUUGAAAAGAUGGUGCGUCCCGAAGAGGUUCUGAUCGUUGAAAACGACGAGGGUGAGAUUGUGCGCGAGUUUGUCAAGGAAAGCGAUACCGUGCAACUCUACAAGACAAUACGCGAGUGCCUUGUCUACCUCACCCAUCUGGACGUGAGCGAUAUGGAGAACAUCAUGAUCGACAAGCUUGCCCGCCAGGUCGAUGGCAGCGAGUGGUCUUGGCACAACUGCAACGUACUCUGCUGGGCUAUCGGCUCGAUCUCGCUGGCGAUGAACGAAGAGACCGAGAAGCGGUUCUUGGUGACGGUCAUCAAGGAUUUGCUUGGGCUCACCGAGAUGAAGCGUGGCAAAGACAACAAGGCCGUUGUAGCCAGUAACAUCAUGUACAUUGUCGGCCAAUAUCCUCGAUUCCUCAAGGCACACUGGAAGUUUCUCAAGACGGUGGUUAACAAGCUGUUUGAGUUCAUGCACGAGUCUCACGAAGGUGUCCAGGACAUGGCUUGCGAUACUUUUAUCAAGAUCGCCAAACAAUGCCGUCGCCAUUUCGUUGCCCUGCAGCCCAGUGAGCACGAGCCUUUUAUCGAGGAGAUUGUGCGCAACCUAGGGAAGAUCACAUGUGACCUCACUCCUCAGCAGGUUCACACCUUUUACGAAGCCUGCGGUUUCAUGGUUGCUGCCCAGGGCAACAAGAACCAGCAGGAACGUCUGCUUAAUGACCUGAUGCAAAUGCCCAAUCAGGCUUGGGACUCGAUCAUCAAGUCAGCCACAGUCAAUCCGGCGGUGUUGCAGGAGACAGACACGAUCAAGAUCAUUGGCAACAUUAUGAAGACCAAUGUAUCGGCGUGCACCUCGAUAGGGCCCUACUUUUACCCACAGAUCGGGCGCAUCUACCACGACAUGUUGGAGAUGUAUCGCGCGACCAGUGCUCUGAUAUCCGAGGCCGUUGCUCGUGAAGGAGAGAUCGCCACCAAGACGCCAAAGGUUCGCGGCUUGCGGACAAUCAAGAAGGAGAUCCUGAAGCUCAUCGAGACGUUUGUUGAGAAGGCCGAGGAUCUGCAAGCAGUCAGGGUAGACAUGGUUCCCAAGCUCCUGGAGACUGUUCUGCUGGAUUACAAGAGCAAUGUGCCUGGCGCACGGGAUGCUGAGGUCCUGAGGGCCAUGUCGGUUGUCAUCUCCAAGCUGCAGUCGCUGAUGGAAGACCAGGUUCCCAUUAUUAUGGAGAAUGUCUUCGAGUGCACCCUCGAGAUGAUCAACAAGGACUUCUCCGAGUUUCCCGAGCACCGCGUCGAGUUCUUCAACCUCUUGCGAGCCAUUAACUUGCAUUGUUUCCCGGCGCUUCUCAAGCUCGACAACCGGCAGUUCAAGUUUGUCAUUGACUCGUGCAUGUGGGCGAGCAAGCACGACAACCGCGACGUGGAAGCAGCAGGCCUUAACAUGUGCCAGGAGCUGAUAGUCAACAUUGCAGAGAAGACUGAUGUGGGCACGUCCAAUGCCUUCUUCAACCAGUUCUUCAUCCCUAUUUUACAGGACGUCUUUUUCGUUAUCACCGAUACAGACCACAAGGCUGGCUUCAAGGCUCAGUCGCAGCUGCUGAUGCGCAUGUUUUACUUUGUUCAACCGUCGGACGGUACCACGCCGAAGAUUCAGGGACCUGUCUACCAACCCGACCAGGCACCUGCCGGCACGAGCAACAGGGAAUUUUUGUCCAGCUUUGUGGGCAACCUCCUGCGCAACGCAUUCUCGAACCUUCAGCCUGCUCAAAUCGUUGCCUUUGUCGAUAGCCUGUUCAACAUGAACACCCAGUACGACAAGUUCAGAUUGACGCUGCGCGACUUCCUCAUCUCUCUGCGUGAGUUCCAGGGUGACAAUGCGGAGCUCUACCUUAUCGAGAAGGAGCAGACGGAGCGCGACGCUAAGCAGGCCGAGCUCGAGAGGCGAUCCAAGGUCAGCGGCUUGAUGAAGCCGUCAGAACUAGAGGCUGAGGACGACGAGUUGUGA